CCUUGUCAAAUGUCUACCCUGCCUCUCCACUCUCACCCGACACCUUACACGGAGCAUACCUUCCUCUCUCUAUACACCCUUUAAUGAAUAAAUGCAAUUCUAAAACGAUGACAUGUAUUUACGGAAUAAAUAUGAGAGAGAUAUGUUGAGGUUGGCAGCGCUGGGCUAGGCUGUGGGAGAGGACAACCAACUCAGGAGACAUAACACCUACCUCUACCUCCAAGACACUCAUGUAAACACCUGCUAACACUCCUCACUUCCUUAGACACAUGAACAAUACCUGACUAAUGUACAGGUGAAUUACAGCAAUGGAUGAACAAGAGUUUGAUGAGAUAUUGACUUAUCUCUCAAAGAGCAAAUAUCCUGACAGUAUUAAAAGUAAAGAUAGUCGUAGCAACUGGCGCAAGAAGUGUCGGCCUUUUACAUACUGUAAGAACGAACUAUAUUACAACCACAAGAAGUAUGGAGCACUCUUAGCAGUCAAGGGUAUUAAGGAUAAGAGGAGGAUAAUAGAAUCCAGUCACCUGCAGUCAGAUGGAAGACACCAUGGAAUUAACAGAACACUUAAGAAGAUUAGCACCAACUACUACUGGAAGACUAUAGCAAAAGAUGUUCACUACUAUGUGAAAAUAGAAUGUCAGACUUGUAUUGAACAAGGCAAUCAGCAAAACAAUGUGAUGCGUCAUUCAAACAUGACUCGGACAGAUUCCGAGGGUGGAAUCAAGGUCAAGUCGACUGAGAAAAUUGUGGACAAGGCCAUUGAACAGAUAGGACUGGAUGUAAUUGGUAAUAUUUUAGAACCUAGUGUUCCAUCUCCCCAAGAACCUGUGUGUAGUGUGUUUAAAUGUGAAGCCGUUGUACCGCAGCAAACUAUGCAACAGCCAUUAGUGCUCAGAGACCAUAUCAUGGCACAGUGCGGCCUUGAUGUUAUUGGUCCUCUCAGUGAAACACACAAAGGAAUGAGAUUUAUAGUUCUAUUAACAGACUGUGUAACAAAGUGGGUUGAAGCAAUGGCAUUAUCUGAAUUCACAACUGAUUCUAUAGGGAAUUUUUUGGCUGAAAGUAUAUGCCGUCAUGGGUCAAUUGAAGAAAUAAUGACAAAACACAACAAUAAUGACUUUUGUGCGAGAUUAUCUGAGAAAAUGUGUUCAAUGAUGGGCAUCACCAUCCGAUUAUCUACUCUACUUUCUCCACAGUCAAAUGGGUAUCCUGAGAACUAUUGGUAUAAUUCUCUUCUGUGUGGUGCCUUGAUGAAGUACAGCAAUCAAAAUCAAUAUUAUUGGGAUAUUUACUUGCAUCAGGUAAUUUUAGCAUAUAGGACAUUUCAUCAAAAGAAUACUCCUGGGUCUCCAUUCCAACUUUUAUACGACAGACCCACUCGUCUUCCAGUUAUAAAUGUAUCUCACUCAACCAGUGAUGGUUAUUCAGAUGAACAGGAAGCUCUUAUAAACCAUAUGACUAGUUAUAUUAAGGCCCUGUCUUGUCCCACUCACCAUCAAUCACUUGGUAUUCACAGCCAACAAAGCGAUAGAUUAACCCCUCCAUAUAUUACACCUAAUAAUAUCUCUACACCUGUGCCACCAUCAACAACAGCUCAACAUCACCAGUCAUCACAUGUUUUAGGAUCUUUUACUCAUACGGUGCAAGCUAAUAAUCAAAUAAACUCAAAUCUUCCUUUAUCUACACUUGAAACAAGCCAGCAAACAUCACACAGUAGUGCUACAAUCCACACUAUUCCAGGCACUGGGUUGACAGCACAAACUAUAUCCCCCAGCACCAUGGCAGCUCACAGUAUUUCUGGAAAUAGCAUAAAUUCACACAGCAUUCAAGGAAACAAUUUAUCACCUCACACAAUCUCUACUAACAGUGUUGCACAUAGCAUCCAAGCAAACAAUGUAGCACCACACAGCAUUCCCAACAACAGUCAUAUUAUUACAACCCCAACUGUUACUUCUGUUGGCAGUCACAUUAUCACACCACAUGUGUCUGCUGCUCAGUCCACUACCGUCCAGACUCCAACAAACAUGACCACACAGGCCACCACAGACACUCACUCAGGACACAUGGUUAUGAUACACACAGACGGGAAGGCUUACGCAGACUCAUUCUAUGUGAUCUGUCCACAGUGAUCCUACAGUUGGAUCUCGGGGAGAGAUAUUGAAAUUGAGGUUUCAUAAAUAUAGAUAUGCAACUAGAAUCCUCAUUUGACAAUUGGAUUACAGUAAGUCCUCGCUUAACGUCGGGGUUAUGUUCCUGAAAAUGCAACGUUACACGAAAUAACAUUAAGCGGAUAAAUUUUCCCCAUAAGAAAUAGAUAAAAUAUGGGAGUUAUGUUCCCCAGCCACCCUUUGCCCCAUGAAAUACAUUACAUAUACAAAAAAUCAUUGCCAUUUCUAUAGAA